GGACCGGACGUAAAGCGUCGCUGUACUCGGGCCGCUGCAGCAGCAGCAGCAGCUCCAGAUCCUAGGCCCGGUCCCAUCCGCGAGUGGUGGGGCUUCCCCAGACUCCACUCCCCUAGGCUCCCGCCAGCGCGGAGGAGCCGCUGCCGCCGCGCUUCUUCCUGGGGGAGAAGAGAAGGCGGCAGCGGCCGUGGCCGACGAGCUCGAGCCCGCUUUAGACGGCUCUGCCGCCUUCCCGGCAGCUGGUGCUGUCUGUGGCUUCUUACCUUCUCUCAAUACACGUAUAUCAUCUGCCAGUUAUGUGUAUUUCUGUUAGUGUGUUUGCAAGUGUCAGAUGGGAGACACUGGACUGGCUAACGGGUGUCAGGAGCCUGCAGGCCCUGGGAUACCGAAGGCUGUGCAUGGUGGAGGGAGAAGGAAUGCAACUGCGAUGCCGCCUCUGCCACCGCACCAGGAAGAGGGAGACGUGGUGGGCGGUCCUUCCUGUGACACGACCCUUGAGUGACAGUUCUAUUUGAUUGCCUCCGGUACUGUGAGGAAAGGACACGACUCUAUGGUGAGGACUGAUGGACAUACAUUAUCUGAGAAAAGAAACUACCAGGUGACAAACAGCAUGUUUGGUGCUUCAAGAAAGAAGUUUGUAGAGGGGGUCGACAGUGACUACCAUGACGAAAACAUGUACUACAGCCAGUCUUCUAUGUUUCCACAUCGGUCAGAAAAAGAUAUGCUGGCAUCACCAUCUACAUCAGGUCAGCUGUCUCAGUUUGGGGCAAGUUUAUACGGGCAACAAAGUGCACUAGGCCUUCCAAUGAGGGGGAUGAGCAACAAUACCCCUCAGUUAAAUCGCAGCUUAUCACAAGGCACUCAGUUACCGAGCCACGUCACGCCAACAACAGGGGUACCAACAAUGUCACUUCACACGCCUCCAUCUCCAAGCAGGGGUAUUUUGCCUAUGAAUCCUAGGAAUAUGAUGAACCACUCCCAGGUUGGUCAGGGCAUUGGAAUUCCUAGCAGGACAAAUAGCAUGAGCAGUUCAGGGUUAGGUAGCCCCAACAGAAGCUCGCCAAGCAUAAUAUGUAUGCCAAAGCAGCAACCUUCUCGACAGCCUUUUACUGUGAACAGUAUGUCUGGAUUUGGAAUGAACAGGAAUCAGGCAUUUGGAAUGAAUAACUCCUUAUCAAGUAACAUUUUUAAUGGAACAGACGGAAGUGAAAAUGUGACAGGAUUGGACCUUUCAGAUUUCCCAGCAUUAGCAGACCGAAACAGGAGGGAAGGAAGUGGUAACCCAACUCCAUUAAUAAACCCCUUGGCUGGAAGAGCGCCUUAUGUUGGAAUGGUAACAAAACCAGCAAAUGAACAAUCCCAGGACUUCUCAAUACACAAUGAAGAUUUUCCAGCAUUACCAGGCUCCAGCUAUAAAGAUCCAACAUCAAGUAAUGAUGACAGUAAAUCUAAUUUGAAUACAUCUGGCAAGACAACUUCAAGUACAGAUGGACCCAAAUUCCCUGGAGAUAAAAGUUCAACAACACAAAAUAAUAACCAGCAGAAAAAAGGGAUCCAGGUGUUACCUGAUGGUCGGGUUACUAACAUUCCUCAAGGGAUGGUGACGGACCAAUUUGGAAUGAUUGGCCUGUUAACAUUUAUCAGGGCAGCAGAGACAGACCCAGGAAUGGUACAUCUUGCAUUAGGAAGUGACUUAACAACAUUAGGCCUCAAUCUGAACUCUCCUGAAAAUCUCUACCCCAAAUUUGCGUCACCCUGGGCAUCUUCACCUUGUCGACCUCAAGACAUAGACUUCCAUGUUCCAUCUGAGUACUUAACGAACAUUCACAUUAGGGAUAAGCUGGCUGCAAUAAAACUUGGCCGAUAUGGUGAAGACCUUCUCUUCUAUCUCUAUUACAUGAACGGAGGAGACGUAUUACAACUUUUAGCUGCAGUGGAGCUUUUUAACCGUGAUUGGAGAUACCACAAAGAAGAACGAGUAUGGAUUACCAGGGCACCAGGCAUGGAGCCAACAAUGAAAACCAAUACCUAUGAGAGGGGAACAUAUUACUUCUUUGACUGUCUUAACUGGAGGAAAGUAGCUAAGGAGUUCCAUCUGGAAUAUGACAAAUUAGAAGAACGGCCUCACCUGCCAUCCACCUUCAACUACAACCCAGCUCAGCAAGCCUUCUAAAAAAAAAAAAAAAAAAAAAAAAAAAAAGACUUCCCUUUUCUUGGGGUAUGGCUGUCUCAGCACAAUACUCAACAUAACUGCAGAACUGAUGUGGCUCAGGCACCCUGGUUUUAAUUCCUUGAGGAUCUGGCAAUUGGCUUACGCAAAGGGUCACCAUUUGAGGUCCUGCCUUACUAAUUAUGUGCUGCCCAACAACUAAAUUUGUAAUUUGUUUUUCUCUAGUUUGAGCAGGGUCUGAAUUUUUUCAUUUAUUUCCUUUUUUGCCAGCAGACAGACUUGAGUCUGUAAAGACAAGCAAAUACACUGACAGAAGUUUACCAUAGUUUCUAAAAUGUAAAAAAGAAAACCCACAAAAGACUCAAGAAAAUUAGACCACAAAUUUUGCAUUGUUCAUUGUAGCACUAUUGGUAAUAAAAUAACAAAUGUUUGUGCAUUUUUAUGUGAAGAUCCUUCUCGUAUUUCAUUUGGAAAGAUGAGCAAGAGGUCUGCUUCCUUCAUUUUACUUCCCCUUCUGUUUUUGAAAGGCAGUUUCGCCAAGCUUAAUGCAAGAAUAUCUGACUGUUUAGAAGAAAGAUAUUGCCACAAUCUCUGGAUGGUUUUCCAGGGUUGUGUUAUUACUGAGCUUCAUCUUUCCAGAAUGAGCAAAACACUGUCCAGUCUUUGUUACGAUUUUGUAAUAAAUGUGUACAUUUUUUUUAAAUUUUUGGACAUCACAUGAAUAAAGGUAUGUAUGUACGAAUGUGUAUAUAUUAUAUAUAUGACAUCUAUUUUGGAAAAUGUUUGCCCUGCUGUACCUCAUUUUUAGGAGGUGUGCAUGGAUGCAAUAUAUGAAAAUGGGACAUUCUGGAACUGCUGGUCAGGGGACUUUGUCGCCCUGUGCACUAAAAGGGCCAGAUUUUCAGCAGCCAAGGACAUCCAUACCCAAGUGAAUGUGAUGGGACUUAAAAGAAGUGAACUGAGACAAUUCACUCUGGCUGUUUGAACAGCAGCGUUUCAUAGGAAGAGAAAAAAAGAUCAAUCUUGUAUUUUCUGACCACAUAAAGGCUUCUUCUCUUUGUAAUAAAGUAGAAAAGCUCUCCUCA